CCAUCCGUGUGAGACUCAUAUAAAAGCCAGUUUCCCACACAAAAUGACACAGGAGAGUGCAUCACCAUCGAGACGUGGCCAUGCUGUUGCUUAUCAGUUGUUUCGCUCUUGUGGUCUCUACACUGGGUUGUGGAGUACCUGCUAUCAAACCUCAAGUGCGCGGAUACAACAAGAUUGUAAAUGGGGAGAAUGCCAUUCCUGGGUCAUGGCCAUGGCAGGUGUCGCUUCAGGAUGGUGGUGGAUUCCACUUCUGCGGAGGAUCCCUGAUCAACCAGAACUGGGUCGUAACUGCCGCUCACUGCCGCGUGUCAGCAAGCAACCACCGCGUUAUCCUGGGCGAACAUGAUCGUCAGUCCAACGCUGAGCAAAUUCAGGUCAAGACAAUUUCCAGGGCCAUCUCUCACCCCUACUACAACGCCCAGAACUUCAACAAUGACGUCACCCUCCUGAAGCUGUCAUCCCCAGUGCAGAUAACGUCCCGUGUGUCUCCUGUGUGCCUGGCCUCCUCCAGCACCAGCAUCCCCUCUGGAACCAGAUGUGCCACCACCGGGUGGGGCAAGACGGCCCAGACCUCGAGCCCACGCUACCUCCAGCAGACUGCGCUGCCUCUGCUUAGCCCUGCUCAGUGCAGACAGUACUGGGGUUACAACAGAAUCACUGACGCUAUGAUCUGUGCUGGUUCUUCUGGCGUGUCCUCCUGCCAGGGCGACUCUGGUGGACCUCUGGUCUGUGAGAACAGCGGAACGUGGUCCCUUGUGGGUAUCGUAUCCUGGGGUACCUCAAACUGCAACGUGCGCACCCCUGCAGUGUAUGCACGUGUGUCCUACCUACGAGGAUGGAUCGACCAGAUAGUUGCUUCCAACUAACGUGCAAACAAAGAAAAUCGGCGAUACAGAAGUGCCUCUUCCUGCUAGUCACUGUAAUCCAUGCAGCAUCAAUAUAAGCUGCCACACGGAACCUAUCUCUGUUGGCUUUGAAUGGUAGCAACUACUUGCUGGGCUGCUUUGCUUGUGAGAAAUUACAUAUAAAAUAUACAACUUUGAAGUAACA